UAUUAUUUUCAAAGUAAACUCAGAAGUCAGGAGUCUUGCUAGAAAAUGGAACGCGUAGAAGAAGUAAAACCCAUUUUACACGACAAAGUCAUUUAUCAAAACCUUAACCAUUUCUAACCACAGAAAAAUUUGCUAGCUGAAAUGAUGAAUCUCAUCAUUCUCAUUUCUCUUACCCUCUUUUCUACCACAAUCCAUGCAGCCACUUUUGAAGUAGUGAACCGAUGUAGCUACACAGUUUGGGCUGCAGCUAUACCUGGUGGUGGAAAACGUCUGGACUCGGGCCAAAUAUGGACAAUAAACGUACCAUCAGGCACCACCACGGGUCGAAUAUGGGGUCGAACUAAUUGCAGUUUUGAUGGCAAUGGACUCGGCAAAUGUGAGACUGGCGAUUGUAACAAGACCCUACAAUGCCAAGGCUUCGGUUCUGCUCCAAAUACUCUGGCUGAAUACGCACUCAAUCAGAUCGACGACUUGGACCUUCUUGACAUAUCUCUUGUUGAUGGGUUUAACAUCCCAAUGGACUUCAGUCCGAGCACCUACGGAUGUAGGGGAAUUCGAUGUGCCGCUGACAUUAAUGGACAGUGCCCAGAUGAGUGGCGAUCCCCUGGGGGUUGCAACAAUGCUUGUACUAUAUAUAAGACUAGUAAAUAUUGUAAUGCCAACUAUUUCACCAAGUUCUUCAAGGAGUUGUGCCCUGAUGCUUAUAGUUAUCCUCAGGAUGACGAAUCCAGCUUGUUUACUGCUCCUGGUGGAACCAAUUACAGGGUUACAUUCUCCACUUUUGAAGUAGUGAACCGAUGUAGCUACACAGUUUGGGCUGCAGCUAUACCUGGUGGUGGAAAACGUCUGGACUCGGGCCAGAGAUGGACAUUAAACGUACCAUCAGGCACCACCUCGGGUCGAAUAUGGGGUCGAACUAAUUGCAUUUUUGAUGGCAAUGGAUUCGGCAAAUGUGAGACUGGCGAUUGUAACAAGACCCUACAAUGCCAAGACUUCGGUUCUCCGCCAAAUACGCUGGCUGAAUACGCACUCAAUCAGUUCGACGACUUGGACUUUCUUGACAUAUCUCUUGUUGAUGGGUUUAACAUCCCAAUGGACUUCAGUCCCACCACCUACGGAUGUCGGGGAAUUCGAUGUGCCGCUGACAUUAAUGGACAGUGCCCAGAUGAGUUGCAGGUUGCCGGGGGUUGCAACAAUCCUUGCACUGUAUUUAAAACCAAUGAAUAUUGUUGCACUGAUAGGUCGGGGAGCUGUGGUCCAACCAAUUUCUCCAAGUUUUUGAAGGAUAGAUGCCCUGAUGCUUAUAGUUAUCCGUUGGAUGAUGAAUCCAGCACGUUUACUGCUCCUGGUGGAACCAAUUACAGGGUUACAUUUUGUCCAUGAAUUCCUACUCUCUCUUUUAUUUAUAAUGAUUUGGGAUUAUUAGAUUUUUUUGUCAUUCUAUCAAAAUAAGGAAGCUAUCUCUUAAGGUCGAUAUCAAGCGUAGCAGUAAAUAGUAACCCUCAAUCACUCCUCUCUCACACGGCUGUUGAUUGUCGGUGGCUUUUGGUUCUCUUCUCCCCUUCGAUGCGGUUGAAAGAAAGGCUUCACAACUCUGUCUUACUUGGCUGGAUUUAUAAUUCUUUUUUAGAUUUGAUGGUUGGAUCGAUUUGAGAUUACAAGUGGUUAUGGUUCUCUGAGAUGGAGCUGUUAUUCCCAAGUUUGGUCCCUGAUAGCUGAAGCUGCUCAGAUGGCACGGUAGAGAAGCUCCAUAAUCUUCUUACUUGGUUACAGUUUUGGGGGUUCUGCAUAUAGGCCUGGGCUGAUUUAUAUAUUUGGACUUAGUAUGUUUCAAGCCUUCUUCUGACUUUUAAUGGGCUUCAGCCCAAUUAUCUUUC